UUGCUGUUUACAGAGAUGACAGUAAUCCUGUAUAGCUCUAGGUGGCUGGUGGGACCAAAGCAGGGGCAAGAAGAUCCUUUCCAAAGUGGCUGCUCCUUUGUAUACCAAGAUCCUUCAGAUGAUGAAGCUAUUGAAAAAGCAAGUGAAAAAAGCUCAGCAACAUGUCAAGAUUCAGAUUCCAAACCUGCUGUGAAAAAGAAAAGAAAGCAGCCUACAGAGUGUUUUUUAAGUCAGCCUGAAGAAAAGCAAGAGAGUGCUGUGAAGGCAAAGAGGAGGAAGAAGAAGAAGAUUUCUGAUGUUCUGCAAAAAUCUGCUCCAAAACCUGGUGUCCCUGCAGAUCUACAAAAUCUGCUUAAUCAACAUUUUGGUGAAAACCGUUCUGUGAUUGAAAUAGAGGAAUUAAAGCUGUCAGAUUCCUGCUUUUUGCCAGCCAAUGAUCUUACCCACAGUUUUUCUUCAUACCUGAAGGAAAUCUGCCCUAAGUGGGCGAAGCUCCGGAGAAGCCACAAGGAGAAGAAGUCAGUGGUGAUGCUGGUUCUCUGCAGCUCUGCCCUUCGCUCCUUGGAGCUCAUCAAGUCAAUGACAGCCUUUAAAGGAGAUUGCAGAGUCAUCAAGUUGUUUGCAAAGCACAUAAAGAUAAAGGAACAAAUGAAUAUGUUGGAGAAAGGCAUGUUCCACAUUGGGGUUGGAACUCCUGGGAGAGUAAAGGCACUAGUGGAGCAAGAUGCCCUGUGCUUAAACUCCACGAAAUAUAUGAUUCUGGAUUGGAACUGGAGAGAUCAAAAACUAAGGAGAAUGAUGGACAUCCCUGAGAUAAAGAAAGAAACAUUUGACCUACUGGAGAAGAGUAUUAUAAAGCUGUGCAGAGAUGGAUCUGUGAAGCUGGGACUCUUUUAAUGAGUUUACCAACAAGGAAGUAAUUUGCAGCUGCAUUUUACUAUUAUCCUACCUGCAACUGAAUUUUGUCUUCUCAGAGGUCUCAACAGAGAAGGCAUAUUGCAACUUUUUCUGAAUUUUCUUUUAAUAAAAACCCAGAAGUUUUGUUUGUA